AGUCUUCUUGGCCCAUGCCAGCGUGGCUCAAGCUGCGCCGGCGCCGAACAUGCAGGAAGCUCGGAGGCCUGGAAAUUGGCACCAACACCAAGACAGAGGGUUGCCUCCACAGGGGGAAGAUGAUCCUAGAUUGUCGGUGUUGGUGGCAAUAGUUCGGCCACCCUGGAAGCCGAAAUAUUGCCACCAUCACCGAGAUCGGGAUCUUCUUCCCCCGGUGGAGGCACACCGCCGCAAUCGGUGUUGGUGUCAAUCUCUAGGCCCUGCGAGAAGCUGCGCCGGCGCCGAACAUGCAGGAAACAUUUUUUUUUUCUUGUGGCAUCGUCGAGCCCAGGCAUCUUCGAGCCCAUCUUCGAGCUCGCUUCUCCUCCUCCUCCUCCUCCUCCUCCUCCUCCUCCUCCUCCUCCUCCUCCUUUCCUCCUCUGUGCAGGAAGCAUCCCUGCACGCCCUCGAGACGACCGGCACGCUCCGGGGCGCGCUGCUGCAGCUGUGCCCCCGCGGCCUCGCGCGCCUGGGCGGGGGCUCGCGCGGGCUGCGCGCGGCCGUGGGUGCGGAGCUCCCGCGGCUGGCGCGCUGGCACGGCCUCCCGGCGGCAGGUUCGCUGGAGGUGAUCGCGGUUGCGGCGUUGGCCCAGGCCGUCGGCGACGUGUUCUUCGAGCGGGCGUCCGAUGUCUUGCGAUCCGACAGCGAGCCCGUCAUCGACGCCCUGGCCGCGCUCCUCAGCGCGCACCGCCGAUGCAGGGUUUUUGUCGCCGGGCACUGCGGCAGAGGAUGUCCCUCCGACUUCGCGCCCAGCUUUACGCGCAUGCGCGGCAAGGCGGUGCUUCGGGCGGUGGUCGAGCGGGCGGGCUUGCGGGGCCACGUCGGGAGCGCGCUCCUGCUGGACCACGAGCGCAAACCGCGGCUCUUCUACUGUGGAUGUGCAGCGUCAGUGGCCGCGCGCGACAUCGCGCACGCUGGCGCGACGCCGUUGGGUGACGCGCAUCCCCGUCUCGACUUCUCAAAGGCCGAGGUCCGUGUUGAGCUAGUGCAUCGAGGCGCGGACCAAAUCGUCGAGUACCAGCGAGGGCGGCGGUGGUGGCUGGCUCAGCCAGGCGGCGCCCCAGCCCUUCAUCCAGACGGGCCAGACUGGAUCCCCUUCAACGAGUUAGACCUUCGAGAGUGCAGCGAGGACGGCGGGGUCGGCGACGAUAGCGACGGCGGGGAUGCCUGACGGACCCGGAGUCAGCUGAGACUUAGUGUUCCGCGUGCACGUCGUGCACAAGCCAUGAAGCUGUUUCGACCUACGUGCUCGACUUCUCGACCUCCUCGUUCUCCUCGUCGUCGUCUUCCUCCUCGUCCUCCUUCGUCCCCCGUGUGCUUCACAUCCGCAUGUUAUUUUUCCCAAGGGGCUUCCAGUGAAGCCGGGGCACGCAGCUUUGUUUACCCGUGGCCGCGCAUUGAUGUAUCGCGUGGUGUCGCGGAUGGAGACAGGCGUGCGCGCUUGGAAUCAUUGCUCUGGAGCUGCCCCAGCCAGCACUGCGCGCGAGACCCAGAUUUCCGACGACUCGAUGUUGUCUGAGUUCCCAACCCCCGGAGCUCUCGACCCCUUCCCG